GCCCCGCCGCCUCCCUGCCGACGCCCGGCCCGCCCAGGAGCGCGGGCACUUGCACUCGGGGGCGCUUGCUCUCCCCUCGCAGCAGUGCUCUGGUUGUGAAUUCAUCCGGGGUCCAGGAUGACAAUCCGACACCAAGGCCAGCAGUACAGGCCGAGGAUGGCAUUUCUGCAGAAGAUUGAAGCGCUCGUGAAGGACAUGCAGAACCCGGACACGGGAGUCCGAAUGCAGAACCAGAGGGUCCUGGUCACCAGCGUCCCUCACGCCAUGACAGGAAGUGAUGUUCUGCAGUGGAUCGUCCAGCGGCUUUGGAUCUCCAAUCUGGAGGCACAGAACUUGGGCAACUUCAUUGUCAAGUACGGCUACAUUUACCCCCUGCAAGACCCCAAGAAUCUCAUUCUCAAGCCUGACAAUAGCCUCUACCGCUUUCAGACUCCAUAUUUCUGGCCCACCCAGCAAUGGCCGGCUGAAGAUACAGAUUAUGCCAUCUACCUGGCCAAGCGAAAUAUCAAGAAGAAAGGGAUUUUAGAAGAAUAUGAAAAGGAAAAUUACAAUUUCUUGAACCAAAAAAUGAACUACAAGUGGGACUUCGUCAUUAUGCAGGCCAAGGAGCAGUACAAGGCUGGAAAGGAGCGGAACAAGGCCGACAGGUACGCCCUGGACUGCCAGGAGAAGGCGUAUUGGCUGGUGCACCGAUGCCCUCCAGGAAUGCACAAUGUGCUGGACUAUGGCCUGGACCGAGUGACGGAUCCGAAUGAAGUUAAGAAACAAACAAUCACUGCUGUCAAAAAAGAGAUCAUGUAUUACCAACAGGCCUUAAUGAGGUCUACAGUGAAGUCGUCAGUGUCCCUUGGAGGGAUUGUCAAAUACAGCGAGCAGUUCUCGUCCAACGAUGCCAUCAUGUCGGGCUGCCUCCCCAGCAACCCGUGGAUAACGGAUGACACGCAGUUCUGGGAUUUAAAUGCCAAAUUGGUGGAAAUCCCAACCAAGAUGCGGGUGGAACGAUGGGCCUUCAACUUCAGCGAAUUGAUCCGAGACCCCAAGGGUCGACAAAGCUUCCAGUACUUUCUCAAGAAAGAAUUCAGUGGGGAGAACCUGGGGUUCUGGGAAGCCUGUGAGGACCUGAAGUACGGAGAUCAGUCCAAGGUCAAGGAGAAAGCCGAGGAGAUUUACAAGCUGUUCCUGGCCCCAGGGGCGAGGCGCUGGAUCAACAUAGACGGCAAAACCAUGGACAUCACGGUGAAGGGGCUGCGGCACCCCCACCGCUAUGUGCUGGACGCGGCGCAGACCCACAUCUACAUGCUCAUGAAGAAGGAUUCUUACGCUCGCUAUUUAAAAUCUCCCAUCUAUAAGGAAAUGCUGGCCAAAGCUAUUGAACCUCAGGAAACCACCAAGAGAAGCGCCAGCCUCCCGUUUAUGCGGCGUCACCUGCGCUCCAGCCCGAGCCCCGUCAUCCUGAGGCAGCUGGAGGAAGAGGCCAAGGCUCGAGAAGCGGCCAACACGGUGGACAUCACCCAGCCGGGCCAGCACUUGGCCCCCAGCCCGCACCUGGCUGUGUACACCGGGACCUGCGUGCCCCCCUCUCCUACCAGCCCCUUCGCCUCUUCCUGCCGGUCCCCCAGGAGGCCCUUCCCGUCGCCGGGCCGCUUCAUCCGGCGGCCCAGCAGCACCAUCUGCCCCUCGCCCAUCAGAGUGGCCUUGGAGAGCUCCUCGGGCGCGGAGCAGAAGGGGGAGCCCAGUGGGGCCAGGGCCCCCCACGGGCCCUCCGACCCCGAGGGCAGCGAGGGCUCCAUCGACGGCGCCUGGCCCCGCAGCCGGCCCAGGGCCCCCCCCAAGGCCCGCAUGGCUCUGUCCUUCAGCAGGUUUCUGCGACGAGGCUGUUUGGCCUCGCCCGUCUUCGCCAGGCUCUCACCCAAGUGCCCCGCGGUGUCCCACGGGAAGGUGCAGCCCCUGGGGGACGUGGGCCAGCAGCUGCCACGGCUGAAAUCCAAGAGAGUAGCAAACUUUUUCCAGAUCAAAAUGGACGUGCCCACGGAGAGCGGGCUCUGCCUAAUGGACCCGGAGGACACUGCGACAGGAGAGGCGGGUGGCCGGGCCAUAGAGGAGGUCAUCUGCCCCUGGGAGAGCCAGGCCGCGGGGAAGGCAGGCUGAGCCAGGGGCUGGCCCAGGAGGACGCUCCCCGCAGGCGCUGCAUGGUGGGGCCACAGGUCGCGUUUGCUCGGGAACCAAAGCGCGUUAGGAGGAUGUCCGAGGACCGGACUGUGAUGCUCCGGCUGGCUGCCAGUGGCCUCCUCCUCCUCCUCCUCCUCCUGACUUCCCCUCCCUUGGGCAGAAAAAAGGCAUGUGGACCGGAAGACUUUCCUUGCUGCCUUAAAACCGAUAAAAGGUUAACUUGGAAGAGUUUUCUUGGA